AUGAAUGAGUGCGGAAGCAAAUUGAUUCGAUUGUUCAUUGGUUACUCAAGAUGCAACGUGGUGAGAUCUACACUUGGAUGUUCUUCAAUAAAGAACUUCAUGCCUCCGAACAUAUCUAAAGCCAAUGGACAUUCAAUGAUGCAAUUCAGUAAAAAGACGAAUCCACUUCCACCUGUUGUCGAGUAUGAAGAUGUGAAAAAUCAUUUAAAGAAUGGGACUGCUCUUGUCGUGGAUGUGCGUAAUCCAAAAGAACUAGAAGUCGACGGUAUACUGCAGGGAUCUGUUCUUAUACCGCUUAAUGAAAUCAAGACUGCUUUUGAUCUCUCUCCUGUAGUCUUUAUGAAUAGAUACAAGGUCAAAAUGCCGGGAAUACAUGAUCCCAUUAUUUUCUCAUGCUUAAUAGGGAAAAGAAGUGCAAGGGCUCAAGAAAUAGUACAAUUUCUUGGGUUUAAAAACACUGCUAAUUAUCUCGGUAGCUUUGCAGAUUGGAAGAAACGAAAUGAACAAUGA